AUGGCAACAGACAAUGAAUCGAUUUUAUGUUCAAUUUGUAGUAAACCUUCAGCUAAAUCAUUUUGUAUUGGAUGUAAAAAGUACUUUUGUCGAAAAGAUUUCAAAGAACAUGAACAACAAUUAUCGAUGACAUUUGAUAAUGAAAUAGUUAGAUCUCAUGAUGAACUUCUCGAUCUAAUACAGAAAUUAGAAAAAUCAAAUUAUUUGUCAUUACAUAUUUUUGAUCAAAUUGAACAAUGGAAGCAAAUAACAAUCAAUAAAGUGAAAAAAGCAGCAGACAAAGCUCAACAUGAACUUACUCAAUUAAUCGAAAACCGAAAAAUACUAAUAAUAAAACAACUUGAACCAAUUACUAAAGAAAUUCGUUCUCUUCGAGAAGAAGAAAAUAUUGUUGAAACUGAUAUUGACCGACUUCGAAAAAAAAUCAAUGAUAUGCGACAAAA